CCGCGAUUCAACUCAGUCGAACCGAUCCUCACCGCUUAAACAUGUCACCUGGUUUGCGAAUGGCACUAGAAGAAUUCACGGGGAUAUUGUGUGGCCCGUGGUCUUUGAGUGCCAUCCUCAAAGCCUUUGGUACCUCCAGCUCGAUUGCCGGUACCGCAAAAACGACCCGAUUAAAUGUAAUUUCGACGUGGCUGACGUCAGUUGUUGUUUGGUUCUAGGAAGUAAAGUGGUGAGUGUACAAACUUACAGUGAGAGUCAGGCCAGGCUGUUGCUGGCUUUGGCUAUGAUGAUGACUUCGUGAUCUAAUGUUAGAACAAAGAACCAUGUCUUGAUUGAAUUCCCACAAUGGCGUCGAAAAUAACUCUUCCAUCAUCAACCGGAGGAAUUUUAUCGGCGAUCGAGAAACAGAAAUAUCGAAACUCCGUUAAAUCAAAACUCUCCGGCAAUUUCAUCUCGUUCCGUCCGCUUCCCGAGGCGAGAUUGUGUAAUACUUAACAAUCGCGGUUGGCGAGCGGAAUAGGGAUUUCGUUUCUAAUGUAAACUUAAUGGGUUGAAAUGACGAAACAAAAAAACAGGCGCCGCCCUGACGAUAGUCCCUCGAAUGCCGGUCGAAUUUCCCCGAGUCGGGCGAUUUUAUGGUACCAUCGACAACGCCGGAUAAUUAGCAUGUCAUGCGGGACCGAACGGGGGCGCUGGAGCGCGACGUCGACAGGUGCGGCGCGGGGCGAAGGGACGACGCCGCUUCACGCACUGACAACUGCGGAUGUUUCCCGGACGCCGGGGCACACAAGCGGAACCGCGGAGCAUCUUUUACACGGCGGUCGCGACCAGCGGACUUCCAAUUAGACCGAAGAUAUAUCCGCUUUUUUUUCAAUACUUGCCGUUUUUUCACGCUCUCCCUAUGUAUGAUGGUCGGCGGACCUGUCGCUCACCUCGAAUUCUGCCUCCUUUUCUAGCAUGGGAGAGAGCUAUUUUGCCUCCUUUUCUAGCACACCCC